AUUUUAAGAACUUAAUGAAAGUACCUUGUCAAGUGAAGUGUCAAAUGUGCUAAUUUUUAAAACAUUUUCUAAUGAAUAAUACAUGUAAAAUGGAUGAUGCGUUAGCAUUGUGUAACAGUUUAAUAAAAUGGCUUCAAUCGCUUGAAAUUCAAGGACCACAACAAAAUGCAAUUGAAAUAAGUGAUGGGGUUGCUGUUGCAAAUGCAUUAUCACAAAUUUGUCCAGAAUAUUUUAAUCAAACGUGGUUGUCGAAAAUUAAAAUUGAUGUUGGCACAAAUUGGCGUUUAAAAGUUAGCAACUUAAAAAAGAUUGUAGAGAAAGUUAUUGAAUAUUAUCAGGAUGAAUUAAAUUUAAAUGUAUUGGAUAUUGCCAAACCGGAUGUCUCCAAAAUUGGGGAAAGUGCUAAUUCAAUGGAAUUGGGUAAAUUAUUACAAUUAGUGUUAGGCUGUGCCGUAAAUUCUGAAAAAAAGCAAGAAUACUACAUAACCAGAAUAAUGGCAAUGGAAGAAUCUGUACAACAGAGCAUUAUGCAAGCGAUACAAUCAUUAGAUGAAGCAACCCGUGGUCGAGGACCGUUUUCUUUACCUGAAUUAGCAGAUCCUACACGAAUUCAACGUUUGAAUUCCGAUUUAGAAGAUGCAAAUGAAGCACGAGAAAAUUUAGCACAGAGAUGUCAUGAAUUAGAAAUACAAGUACAAGCUUUAACUGAAGAAAAAUUAUUGUUGCAAAAUGAAAGAGAUCAAAUACAACGAACAGCAGAAUUGCGUAGCGCAGACUUACGAAGGCAAAUCGAUCACGUAAAAGAAGAUUUAUAUAAAGUUGAAACAGCACGUGAUGAUUAUUGUAUAAAAGUAUCGGAAUAUGAAAAACAAAUUACGUCUUUACAAUCGCGCAUCGAUGAAUUACAGUAUGCUGCAGAAAAGGCUGUGCAAUUAAAAGAUGAAGUAGAUGCUUUAACAGAAACGGCUGAAAAGGUACAUGCAAUGGAAUUGCAAUUAGCCUCAUACAAAAAGAAAUUAGAAGAGUAUGCUGAUUUAAAGAAACAAAUGAAAAUAUUAGAAGACAAAAAUUCAGAAUAUUAUCAACAGAAUAUGAACUACGAGGAAGAAGUUAAGAAAAGUAUUGUUUACAAAUCACAAAUCGAUAUUUACAAAAAACAAUUAAUCGAACUAAAUAAAAAAUUAGACGAUGAAAUCCAAAAAGUUGAUAAAGCUGAAUUUGAAAAUAAAAAAUUAGAAACAAAACUAUUAGCAUUCCAACGUGAACGUGACACAUUGUUAGCCGAACGUGAUUUAUUAAAAGAAACAAACGAAGAAUUACGAUGUGGUACACGAAUACCACUCGAUAACAGUGUUGGAGAUGUUGCACGUGAAUUAGCUGCACCGGAAUUACGUGAACGCGUUGCAUUUUUAGAAAAAGAAAAUCGUUCGUUACGCUCUGCUACUAAUACAAUGAACACGGAUUCAGCUGCGACAACCGCUUUAUUAGAAGAAUGGAAUCAACGACAAGAGGAAUUACGUGUACAAUUACGAGCGAAAAAUCAGAAAGUAUUAGAAUUACAAGCGAAAUUAGAUGAAGUGAACAGUAAUGGAGAUACGAACGCGUUAAAACAAAAAUGUGCCAGUUUACAGGAGGCUUUAAAUAAUAAAGAAAUUGAAUUACAAACUAUUAACGAUCGGCAUAAAAAGAGUUUAGAAAAAGCACGGGAAAUUAUCAAUAGUAUGCAACCUCGUGUUAGUAAUGAAGAUGUUGUAUUAGCACGAAAUAAUGAACGCAAUAAUAUACAACCUCAAAAUGGUGUCAUGAAAGAUGCCGAAGCACGAUUAUUAACAACAGCAUUUUUAAAUUUAGGUGAAACGUGUCAACGUGAAGCUGUUGAUGCACGUUUAGCUUUGUUAAGUGCAGGUCAAGGGCAUACUUUCUUAUCAAGGCAACGACAACCAACACCUCGUAGACCGUAUAACCGACUUAAAUGAUUUAUCAUGAAUACAUCAUUUAAUUUUAACACAAUUUUAUAUGUUAUUGCAUGACAUUUUAGUUUAUUAUUAUAUCUCUCACUGUGUCUGUGCGCGCAUCAUACAAAAACUACUAAAGAUAUGCGGCUUUUUUAACAAGUAAUAAUUGAGUGAUCAUUUUAAGAUGCAUUUAACGAAAAUAUUGCCGCAGGAAAUCAAAUAAAAAAAACAAUCGCCGUAAAAAAACAGCGUAGUAGUGGAAAUGAUAUAAACUAUGUACUUGCGCGCCAAAUGAGGGAAAAAAAUAUUUUCUGCUUUACAUAAAACGUUCAGACCUGAAAAUGUUCAGCAAAACGGACGGGCAAUAAAUAGUUAUAAAUAUAUUAAUAAAGUAU